CCCAAAUUACUGCUAUUUCUUUGCAGCCAUUGGAUUUUAUCUGUUCUUAAUUUCUUAUAGUUGUUGCACACUGUGGUAGUAGCUUCAAUGCCCUUACUGCACUCCAAAGUUCUCUCUUUUUCUUUUAAAUUAUUAUUCAACUGUGAAUUUUAUUUUGCAAGUUGAGUUUUCUGAGUGAUUUUAUAAUCAGGGUAUUGAAAAAAAAAGUCGUGCUUGACUCAUCAUCAUCAAGAUUCUUUAAACCCAUGAACCCUUGGACUGUGCAGAUUAAGGGCAAAAAAAGGGAGCUCAUUUUUCUUCUUUGAAGUUGUUGCCUUUUGAUAGCUUUGCAACAAUGAAACAUCUUGGGUUUCUGUCGUUGUUGAUGAUAUGGGUGGUUUCUCAGAGUUGUCUUGUCGAAUGUAAGAAGCCUGUUUCUGUAAAUAUUGGUGUUAUUUUCACUUUUGAUUCAGUUAUCGGUAGAGCUGCAAGGCCAGCAAUGGAAGCUGCAGUUUCUGAUAUCAAUGAAACUCCCACGUUUCUUAAUGGAACUCGGCUUAAUUUGAUCAUGGCUGAUGCUAAUUGCAAUGCCUUCUUGGGUACUGUUGAAGCUUAUCAAGUAAUUGAACAAGAGGUUGUGGCUUUUAUUGGUCCACAAUCAUCUUCGAUUGCUCAUAUGAUUUCCUCAAUCGCCAAUGGUCUUCAAGUUCCACUCGUUUCGUAUGCGGCCACCGAUCCGAGUCUCUCGGCUAAGCAAUUCCCGUUCUUUGUCCGAACCGUGCAAAGCGAUUCGAACCAAAUGAAUGUUAUGGCUUCUUUAGUUGAUUUCUAUGGGUGGAAAGAGGUCAUUGGUAUCUAUGUGGAUGAUGAUUAUGGGAGGAAUGGGAUAUCUGCGCUGAACGAUGAACUAGAUAAGAGAAUGGCGAAAGCUUUCUAUAAGUUGCCUUUGCCUUUGAAUUUUACGCAAAGUGACAUCGUAGAGUUGCUCAAAGAAUCUAAAUUGUUAGGUCCUCGUGUGUAUGUCGUUCAUGUUAAUCCUGACCCGCAGUUAAGAAUUUUUUCCACUGCCAAAAUACUUAAGAUGAUGACCAGUGACUAUGUAUGGUUCGCAACGGAUUGGCUUUCUACUACCAUAGAUUCGUUUGCUCCUGUGAAUAGGACGGUUCUUCGUGUGCUUCAAGGGGUAGUUGGACUUCGCCAACAUAUUCCUGAGUCCAACCAGAAGAAGGAUUUCACGGCUAGAUGGAGAAAGAUGCAACAGAAAGGGUUGUUAAGAUCUGAGUUGAACACCUAUGGCCUCUGUGCUUAUGACACGGUUUGGACAGUUGCACACGCGAUCGACAAGUACAUAAAUGAUGGCAACAAUUUCACAUUUUCAUCAAGUGGCAAGUUAAACGAUACAAAAACUUCUGAAAUGCAUUUAGACAAGCUUAAAGUUUUUGAUGGUGGUGCUAUACUGCUUGAGCAUAUAAUGAACACAAGCUUCUCUGGUUUAACUGGUCAAGUUCAUUUUGGUUUGGAUCGGAACAUUAUAACUUCUGGUUAUGAUGUCAUUAAUAUUGACAAGAUGGUUGUUCAUACGGUUGGUUAUUGGUCUGAUAUUUUCGGUUUCUCGGUUUCUCCUCCGGAAACCCUCCGAGGGACAAAAAAAAGCCAUUCUGUAUUAGACCAGAAGCUUGGCAGUGUUACUUGGCCCGGUGGAAAGACCCAAAGGCCUCGUGGCUGGGUGAUUGCAGAUGAUGAACGCCCGUUGAGAGUUGGAGUGCCCCAUAGAGCCAGUUUUGUUGAUUUUGUUACAGAACUGAAUGGUACGCAUAAAAUCGCUGGAUACUGUAUCGAUGUGUUCACUGAAGCACUGAAAUUCAUCCCCUAUAAUAUUCCUUACAAAUUUGAGCUUUUUGGGGAUGGUCGAUCCAAUCCAAACUAUAAUCGUCUCGUAAAGAUGAUUGCAGAUGAUGUGUUUGAUGCAGCCGUUGGGGACAUUGCGAUCGUGAAAAACCGGACGGAAAUGGUUGAUUUUUCUCAGCCUUAUAUAACAACCGGUCUCGUCAUAGUAGCUCCAAUCCACAAUACAAAAUCAAGUGCUUGGGUAUUUCUAAAACCAUUUACGGCGGACAUGUGGUGCAUGACUGCAGGUGGCUUUUGUAUAAUUGCAGUCGUUAUUUGGAUUCUUGAGCAUCGAGUCAAUGAUGCUUUUCGUGGUCCUCCUAGGAGGCAACUCAUGACAAUGUUUAUGUUCAGCUUCUCGACGCUGUUUAAGACAAACCAGGAAGUAACGGUGAGCACACUUGGGCGAUUGGUAAUGGUGGUAUGGCUUUUCCUAUUGAUGGUGAUAACAUCUAGUUAUACAGCAAACUUGACUUCGAUCCUUACGGUUCAGCAACUUUUGUCUCCUAUCACUGGAAUUGACAGCUUGAUUGCUAACCAUUGGCCGAUCGGUUACCAGGUCGGUUCAUUUGCAUAUGGUUAUCUAUCUGAGACCCUUAACAUCCAUAAGUCACGGCUUGUUAAACUACACUCCCCGGAAGAGUAUGAAACUGCUUUACGACUGGGGCCGGAUAACGGAGGGGUGGCAGCUAUAGUUGAUGAGCUUCCUUACGUGGAAUUAUUUCUGUCGAAGCGAACGGAUUUCGGGAUUAUUGGUCAACCAUUUACAAAGAGUGGAUGGGGAUUUGCUUUCCAGAGAGAUUCUGCGCUUGCCGUUGACAUGUCGACAGCAAUCUUGAAACUUUCCGAAAGCGGAAAGCUUGAGGAAAUCCAUGCUCGGUGGUUCUGUAAGAUGGGAUGUCCGGGCGAGAGGAGAGGAAAAUCCGAACCGAACCAACUCCACUUGGUCAGCUUCUGGGGCUUAUAUCUUUUAUGUGGUGCAAUCACUCUCGCGGCACUUCUAAUCUAUAUUCUAAGAAUGGUUCACCAAUACGCCCGCUACAGGCGGAGGCAAAUGAAACUCGGUCGCCCUUCGUCCUCGGUUCAAACUACCACUCGUUUCUCUCAGGUCAUUUUUAACUUUUUCGACUUUAUCGACGAGAAAGAGGAAGCAAUCAAGAAAAUGUUUAUGCAGUGUGAGAUUAAUCCAGUUCCGGAAACACCAACCAGCUCAACUGCAUGAAAUGAUUUGUCUUGUUAGAAUAUUGGGAGGAAAUAUUAACUUCUAGUGCUUAACCUAGAACUCUGUUUAUGUAUAUGGAUCUACUCAUACAACAUGUCUAGGAUUUAUGAUGCUUGUAAAUAUCACUUUUAUUGAUAUAUUGGCAAAGAAACCUGCCAAGAUUUCUUA